AUGAUUGCUACACUUAGAUCACGUAGUUCCAGUGAAACUUCUUCAUAUUCGUCACAUACAGCAUCAAGUACAGAUACUAGUUUGUGUGAUGAAAAUGAAAAAGCUAGUGACUCUGAACCUGAUAUACCUGAUGAUGAUAAAGACAAACAAAUACAGGCGUCUAAAGACAAUAGUUCUCAGGCACCAAUUUUAAAAGAUAUUAAACAGAUUCAUUCUCCUCUUAUCAAAGAAACAAUUACAAAACAUUUAACAGAAAUCGAUAAAACAUUUGAUGAAACCGGAGUAAAAAAUAUUACAGAUUAUCUAGAUUCAGAUGCAGGCGAGCCAUUGCGAACUUAUAUUGAUGGUUUUGAAACCAAGCUUAAGGAUAAUUUUAUAGUAUCUGAAGUUUCUGAUCAUUUUACACCUGUUAGCCAUUUAAAAAGUAUAUCACCCUUUUCACCUCAUAUAACUACGGAUAAGAAAGAUAUUUUGCAAAGGUUGAGCAAUAAGAAAUAUGAAGAAAAGGCAAAUUAUGAUGACACUUUAGGGCCUAAAAACUUCUCUAAGCCUCCUAAAACUUUUACAGAUUUGAGUCCUUUAGAUUUAUCUUCUGAUAAUAAAUAUAACAUAGACGUUGGUUCCCCGUAUAAUUAUGAUUAUGAAACAAAUUUCAAGUCUACUUCUCAUUCCAGAAUUUUAGACAGACCGCCUGAUAUAAUAGACAGUUUUGCUAUGUACCCUAAUUUUGUACCCGACAUAGAUUUGUCUGAAAAAAAUGUAUCGGAUAUAGAAAGUCCAGUUAGAAGUCCGGGAGCUGAAAGUAUAAUUGUAAGUGAAGAUGAACCACCAAUACCAUUAAAAAUAGAUAAAUAUUUUGAGCACAGCCCUGAGUUUUUUGGUGCUCGUGUAACCGAUCCCAAUAAUUCUGAGAUACCUAACAGACGAGCUGUCAAAAGAAAUUCAAGGCUGCCCAAAAAACCUGAUUCGUUAACACUUCACAGUAACCAUAAUGACAUAAUUUCAAUAAAUGAAAUGGAACGAGCUUCAUCAUUGCCACAAAGUCAUAGUUUUGUAAGUAAAAAGUCAUCAAGCCCCGAUUUAGAAAAUAAAACACCAGAUAAAAAUAAGGAAUUUGUUAAAGCAGAAAGUCCAAAAAAUGAAAAUGAUUCAUUAUUACAGAGAAUCGAUUCGCAAAUAAAAUCACCAACGCAAAUGGGAAGCGUGUCACCAAAAGAUUAUAUUCUUUUAACAGGACGUAAAAACAGUGAACGAGCCUUGCAAAUCAUCCAAGAAAACUCUAAAAUAUUAAGUAGAAUUUUAACGAAACAACAUAUUACGGACACUAAUCAAAUUCAAGUAUGUCAAUCGGAAGAUUCUUUUGAUAAAACUGUUUACGAUAAUAAUAUAACAUAUAGUAAUAUUUCUGAAAAUUCAGUAAGAGGCACACAAAUUGAAUCACCUGUACUUAAGGAGUCAACAUCAGAUUCACUAAUAGGUUAUAUAAAAAGAAAUGUGGAUAAAGAAUCCGUAGAAAAAUGUGACUUUGUCAAAGUUAGGCCUAUUUCAAUCGACGAUCCUCUUUCAUUAGAAUUACCGAAUGCAAUUCCAAGGGAAGAAAUUUCUUUAAAAAGUUCUAAAUCUCCAAGUAAUGAAUGUCUAGGUAAUAAAACUGAUUUAUAUGGUUGGGAAAAUAAAGGAUUUCUAGCAAAAUAUGAAUAUAAAAGUAUUUUAGACAAAGAAAAUAGUAGCUACGAUUUCUCUUAUAAAAGGAAAAUAGUUCAGUUACCAGAAUUAGAUAAAGCCUCAAAAAAUGAUGUUUUAAGACCUACAACUUCAUCUGAAUGGACAACACACUCGUUAUCAGAAACAAAAGCUUCGGUUACUUUACCUUCAACUGAACCAAAGGAUACUACGACUUAUGAAACUCAGUACAAUUCAGAAGACUAUGGCUAUUCAUUCUCAAGCAAGUACAAUGAUUUUAUAUUAUCUAAAGCAAGUGAUAUAUGUAGUAAAACUGUCGAUCAAGGACCGAAGGCUUGUGAAAAAAACUCAAAGACUGAAAACAGCCAAGUUAGUGACUUCGCUCAUGUAGUGACGUCCUCUAUUAGUUUUACUUAUGAACCUUCUGCAGAAGAUGACUCACCGACAGGUAUAAAAAGUAAUUCUAGUGAUACGUUGUGUCAGAUAGCGUCCCUCGAUCAAGUAUCUACGCCUAUUUCUCCAAAAAUAUUUCCGAAAGAGACUUCCAUAUUUCAUAGAGAAUUAUCAUCAGAAAAAGGUGAUAAGACAAUAGUAGAUUCUGAUGAUACUUGUAGUGCUAUUACUUCUCUCAUAGAAACUGAUACUCUUUCUUCAUUAUCUUAUCCUCGUAGUCCUUCAUCAGGCUCCUACCACCCUUUUCCUACAAGACCGGUUAUGCGGAUGCCGAAAGAACUCGGAAUUAGGUUAGGUAUGUAUCCAAAAGACGUUAUUAGCUCUCCUCCGAAAUAA